AUGGAGAUAAACGAAUUCAAUGAACUUGUAAAAGAGCGUGAAUGCAUAGAAAAUGAGAUAAAAGAAAAUCUCGAAUUUUUAGAAAGCCCCGAAAAUAAAAAUAUUGGAAUGAAUGGAAAAUUAGUAGAUUCAGAAGGGUUCCCACGUAAUGAUAUAGAUAUAUAUAAAAUUCGAAUUGCUAGAAAUAAAAUAAUAUGUCUAAAAAAUGACUAUUUAAAUAUAAAUAAAAAAAUAGAAGAUUACUUACAUGAAAUACAUAGUUCAAAACCAGCUAUAAGAGUAGAAAGGAAUAAAGUAAAUUAUUCAAAUAGCAAUGAAAAUUUAAAUGAUAUUAAACCAAUAACUAACAAAGAAGAUAUUGAAUUUGCAAAAAAUAAUAUUUUUGCUUUGGUUGAUGAAAUUGUGGAAAAUUCCCCAUCUCAUAAAGCGGGCAUAAAACUUAAUGAUCAAAUUUUCGAAUUUGGAGAUAUAAAAAAAGAAGGAAAUAAUACUGAUAUAGAUAAUACAAAUAAUAUAUUUAAAAAAAUAUCAAAUUUUAUGAAAGAAAACCCUUCAAAAAUUCAACUCAAAAUAUUAAGGCAAGAGGCUAUAUAUCAUUGUAACAUUUUUCCUGAUAAAACAUCUACAGGUUUAUAUAUUGGAUGUCAUUUAGCACCAAUAACAAAAUGA